AUGGAUUCCACCACCGUCCUACGUGCCACCUCUUUCUUGGGCGUAUCUUCGUCCAUCUGGCUUUCUGGCAUCUCCUUUUCACAGUCUUACCUCACCAUUCCACUCCUGGUGGGGAUACCAUCAGAAACGAGCACUGCGCUCUUUAAAGACCUCUACUACAGCGGAGCCAAAUUGAUCGUGCCACUGGCCCUGACGUCGACCUUGAGCACAGCGACCGCCGCCUAUCUCGACGCCGAGAAAAGGGCAGGGUACGCCGUCGCAGCAGCCGCCACGAUCUCGAUCCUGCCGUUCACGGCAGCAGUCAUGUUCCCGUGCAUCCACAGGCUGAUAGCCAUUGCCGACGAUGCCAAAGUCAGGGAGAAGACGCAGCCAGGAGAAGUAGCCGGGCUCUUGACCCAGUGGAAGUGGAUGAACUAUGUCAGAGCUGGUCUGUCAGGGGUGGGAGGCGUCGUUGGGUUGCUAGUCUACAGCGGGAGCUUGUGA